AUGGAGGGGAGAAUUUCUCCCUCAGAGCAGGGAGCUGGGGAAGGGGACGCUCAGAGGCGUUCGGUUUGCAAAGGGGCUGGGACGGGGCGCCGGGGCUCUGCCUUGGCUGCACCGGGCGCAACUCGGGCAGCGAGCGCGGCGCCCGGGGGGAGCUCUCCGCCGCCGGAGGGAGCCCGGAGCCCCGGGGCCGCUUUGGCGAGCCCGCAGAGGGACGAGCCCGAGGGUCCCGUGGCGGUGCCGACCCCAGGGGGCCGGCGAGGGGCCGGGGUCUCGGCGCGGAGCCGCCUCCGCCGCGCGGAAAGUUUGCGAGGCGGCCGGGCGCUGGGGGGAGCGGGGCGGGGGCUGCCCCGGCGGGGCUCCUCCUCCGGGGCCGGGCCUGGGCCGGGCGGAGCGGGGAGCGGGGAGCGAGCCCCCAGCCCCGGAGCCGCCGCGGCUGCCGAGGGAGCGAGCGGCGGCGGGGCGCGGGGCGCGGGCCGGGGCUGCAGCGCGCGGGAGGAGCCCGGGAGGGGGCUGCGGGGCCGGGGCGCCGCCACCAUGAGGCGGCGCGGCGGGGGCUGCCUCUCGCCCGCGCCUCCGCGGCUCCCGCCGCUGCUGCUGCCGCUGCUGCUGGGAGCGCUGCUCCGCGCCAGAGGUGUAUCGAGUAGCACCGAAUGCUCCUGUGGACGUAAUCACUUUACAUGUGCUGUCAGCGCUUUCGGUGAAUGUACGUGCAUCCCUGCUCAGUGGCAGUGUGAUGGAGACAACGACUGUGGGGACCACAGUGAUGAAGACGGCUGCAUGCUGCCCACUUGCUCCCCCUUGGACUUCCACUGCGACAACGGGAAGUGCAUCCGCCGGUCAUGGGUCUGCGAUGGAGACAACGACUGCGAGGAUGAUUCUGAUGAACAGGACUGCCCUCCACGGGAGUGUGAGGAAGAUGAGUUCUCAUGUCAGAAUGGAUAUUGCAUCCGCAGCCUAUGGCACUGUGAUGGAGAUAACGACUGUGGAGACAACAGCGAUGAGCAGUGUGAUAUGAGAAAGUGCUCGGAGAAGGAGUUUCGUUGCAGUGAUGGCAGCUGCAUAGCUGAGCACUGGUUCUGUGAUGGUGACACAGACUGCAAGGAUGGUUCUGAUGAAGAGAAUUGCCCAUCAGAUGUUCCAGCUGCCACCUGCAGCUUGGAGGAGUUCCAGUGUGCGUAUGGACGUUGCAUCUUGGACAUCUACCACUGUGAUGGCGAUGAUGACUGUGGGGACUGGUCUGAUGAAUCUGACUGCUCAUCUCACCAGCCAUGUCGCUCUGGGGAGUUCAUGUGCAACAGUGGCUUGUGCAUUAAUGCUGGCUGGAGGUGUGAUGGAGAUUCCGACUGCGAUGACCAGUCAGAUGAGAGGAAUUGCACUACAUCUAUGUGCACAGCUGACCAGUUCCGCUGUAAAUCAGGGCGCUGUGUCCGUCUCUCCUGGCGCUGUGAUGGGGAAGAUGACUGCUCUGACAACAGUGAUGAGGAGAACUGUGAGAAUACAGGGACACCUCAGUGUGCCCCAGACCAGUUCCUGUGUGGGAACGGGCGUUGUAUUGGACAGAGGAAGCUGUGCAAUGGAGCAAAUGAUUGUGGAGAUGGUAGUGAUGAGAGCCCGCAUCAAAACUGCCGUCCACGAACAGGGGAGGAGAACUGUAAUGUCAACAACGGUGGCUGUGCUCAGAAGUGCCAGAUGGCACGAGGGAUGGUGCAGUGCACCUGCCAUACAGGUUACAGGCUCCUGGAAGAUGGACGAUCAUGCCAAGAUGUGAAUGAAUGUGCUGAGGAAGGUUACUGCAGCCAAGGCUGUACCAACAGUGAAGGAGGCUUCCAGUGCUGGUGUGAGCAAGGCUAUGAGCUGCGACCUGACAAACGUAGCUGCAAAGCUCUAGGGCCAGAGCCAGUGCUGCUCUUUGCCAAUCGAAUUGAUAUCCGACAAGUGUUGCCUCAUCGCUCAGAGUAUACGCUGCUCCUGAACAACUUGGAAAAUGCCAUUGCCCUUGACUUCCACCACAGCAAGGAGCUGGUGUUCUGGUCUGAUGUCACUCUGGAUCGCAUAAUGAGGGCCAAUCUGAACGGUAGCAAUGUGGAAGAAGUGGUUUCCACAGGGCUGGAGAGCCCAGGUGGACUUGCUAUUGACUGGAUCCACGACAAACUAUACUGGACAGAUUCUGGGACAUCUCGAAUUGAAGUAGCAAAUUUGGAUGGCACUCACAGGAAGGUGCUUUUGUGGCAGAACCUGGAGAAGCCCCGAGCGAUUGCCCUUCAUCCUAUGGAGGGCACUAUCUACUGGACCGACUGGGGCAACACUCCCCGCAUCGAGUAUUCCAACAUGGAUGGCUCUAAUCGGCGCAUCAUUGCGGAUACGCACCUCUUCUGGCCCAACGGAUUGACCAUCGACUAUGCAGGGCAUCGGAUGUACUGGGUGGAUGCCAAACACCAUGUCAUCGAGAGGGCUGACCUCGACGGGCGGAAUAGGAAAGCUGUUAUUAGCCAAGGCCUCCCACACCCGUUUGCUAUCACCGUGUUUGAGGACAGUUUGUACUGGACGGACUGGCACACCAAAAGCAUCAACAGUGCCAACAAAUUCACAGGCAAGAACCAGGAGAUCAUCCGAAAUAAACUCCACUUUCCUAUGGACAUCCACACACUGCAUCCUCAGCGCCAGCCAGCAGGGAGAAACCGUUGUGGGGCCAACAACGGGGGCUGUACACAUCUCUGCCUGCCGAGUAGCAAGGAUUACACCUGUGCCUGCCCCACGGGCUUCCGCAAGACCAGCAGCCAUGCCUGUGCCCAGAGUCUUGACAAGUUCCUGCUUUUUGCCCGAAGGAUGGACAUCCGUCGGAUCAGCUUUGACACAGAUGACCUGUCAGAUGAUGUCAUCCCUCUCGCUGAUGUGCGCAGCGCUGUGGCUCUGGACUGGGACUCCAGGGAUGACUAUGUCUACUGGACGGACGUUAGCACCGACUCAAUCAGCCGAGCAAAAUGGGAUGGAUCAAGCCAGGAGGUUGUGGUGGACACCAGCCUGGAAAGUCCAGCUGGACUUGCAAUUGACUGGGUUACCAACAAACUAUACUGGACUGAUGCAGGAACAGAUCGGAUAGAGGUCUCCAACACAGAUGGGACCAUGAGGACUGUUCUGAUCUGGGAGAACCUAGACAGACCUAGAGAUAUCGUGGUGGACCCUGUUGGAGGGUUCAUGUACUGGACUGACUGGGGAGCCAACCCAAAAAUUGAGCGUGCUGGUAUGGAUGCCUCAAACCGCUUGGUGAUCAUUUCUUCCAACCUGACGUGGCCUAAUGGCUUGGCCAUUGACUACGAGUCACAACGCUUGUACUGGGCAGAUGCAGGCAUGAAGACCAUUGAGUAUGCCAGUCUGGAUGGCAGCAACAGGAAGGUGCUGAUUGGGAGCAAUCUGCCCCACCCCUUUGGACUUACUCUUUAUGGCGAGAGAAUCUACUGGACAGACUGGCAGGCCAAAAGCAUCCAGAGCGCAGAUAGAAGGACUGGGCAGGCUCGGGAAACGCUGCAGGACAAUCUGGAGAAUCUUAUGGAUAUUCAUGUUUUCCACCGGCACAGGCCACAAGUACGUACACCAUGUGAAGUUAACAAUGGAGGCUGCAGUCACCUAUGCCUUCUGGCACCUCUUCCAAAAGGUUACAGCUGUACCUGCCCUACUGGCAUCAAUCUACAGUCUGAUGGCAAGACCUGCUCUCAUGGAAUGACCAGCUUUCUGAUCUUUGCCAGAAGGACUGACAUCCGUAUGGUCUCUCUGGAUAUUCCCUACUUUGCAGAUGUUGUUGUCUCAGUCAAUGUCACCAUGAAAAACACCAUUGCAAUUGGAGUGGAUCCUCGUGAAGGAAAGGUUUACUGGUCAGACAGCACACUGCGGAAGAUCAGCCGGGCUGCCCUUGAUGGCUCCAAAUUUGAAGAUAUCAUCACCACAGGUCUGUUGACUACGGAUGGGCUGGCUGUGGAUGCUGUUGGCAGGAAGAUAUAUUGGACAGAUACAGGAACAAACCGUAUUGAAGUGGGCAACCUUGAUGGCUCCAUGAGGAAAGUCUUGGUCUGGCAGAAUCUGGACAGCCCACGGGCAAUAGCCUUAUACCACGAGAUGGGGUAUAUGUACUGGACAGACUGGGGUGAGAAUGCCAAACUGGAACGCUCUGGAAUGGAUGGCUCAGGACGCGUGGUGUUGAUCAGCAACAACCUGGGCUGGCCUAAUGGACUGGCAGUGGAUAAGGCUGGGUCCCAGCUGCUCUGGGCUGACGCGCACACUGAGCGUAUUGAGGCUGCAGAUCUCAAUGGCGCUAACCGCCGCACCCUGCUGUCCCCAGUGCAACACCCCUAUGGCCUCACUCUGCUGGACUCUUACAUCUAUUGGACUGACUGGCAAACUCGCAGCAUUCACAGGGCUGACAAGGAUACUGGUGCCAAUGUCAUCUUGGUGAGGGCAAACCUGCCUGGCCUCAUGGACAUACAAGCUGUCGACAGGGCACGGCCCCUGGGCUUUAAUAAAUGUGGAUUUCGUAAUGGUGGCUGCUCCCACCUUUGCUUGCCUCACCCCACUGGCUUUUCCUGUGCCUGCCCCACUGGCAUCCAGCUGAAGCGAGAUGAGCAGACGUGUGACUCUUCUCCAGAGACCUACCUGCUUUUCUCUAGCCGUGCUUCCAUCCGUCGUAUCUCACUGGACACCAGUGACCAUACAGAUGUGCACAUCCCUGUCCCCGAGCUGAACAACGUCAUUUCUCUGGACUAUGACAGUGUGGAUGGCAAGAUUUACUACACAGAUGUUUUCCUUGAUGUCAUCAGGCGGUCUGAUCUGAAUGGCAGCAACAUGGAAACUGUUAUUGGUCAGGGUCUGAAGACUACAGAUGGCCUGGCAGUGGACUGGGUCGCUAGGAACCUCUACUGGACAGACACAGGACGCAAUACUGUAGAAGUAGCUAGACUGGAUGGCAGCUCCAGGAAAGUGCUGAUCAAUAACAGCCUGGAUGAACCCCGAGCCAUUGCUGUCUUUCCCAAGAAGGGGUACCUCUUCUGGACAGAUUGGGGUCACAUUGCUAAAAUUGAACGGGCAAACUUGGAUGGCUCUGAACGUAAAAUCCUGAUCAACACAGACCUAGGAUGGCCGAACGGAUUGACCUUGGAUUAUGACACAAGGAGGAUUUACUGGGUGGAUGCGCAUCUUGAUCGCAUAGAGAGUUGUGAUCUCAAUGGGAAGCUACGGCAAGUGUUGGUCAGCCAGGUGUCACAUCCCUUUGCUCUGACCCAGCAGGACAGAUGGAUAUACUGGACUGACUGGCAAACCAAAUCUAUCCAGAGAGUGGACAAAUACUCCGGACGGAACAAAGAGACAGUCCUGGCCAAUGUUGAGGGGCUAAUGGAUAUCAUUGUGGUUUCCCCUCAAAGACAAACAGGUACUAAUGCUUGUGGAGUGAACAAUGGAGGCUGCACUCACCUCUGCUUUGCCAGGGCUUCUGACUUUGUUUGUGCAUGUCCAGAUGAACCAGAUGGGCGGCCCUGUUCUACUGUUCCUGGUGUGGUGCCCCCUGGUCCAGAAACAACCAGAAUAAGUGAGAGAAGUCAGACACCACCCGGCAGAAUGGGUACGUCAACAGCCAAACCUCUCACAUCUCUGGAAGCAGUGGAAGGAAACUGCUCCGACAAAGAUGCUAUACGAGGCUUGUGUACCCAUGCCAAUGAGGCAGUGCUGGCAACAGUGGGAGAAGGACUGCAUGUUAGCUACAUUAUUGGAGGCCUUCUCAGCAUCUUGUUUAUUUUGCUGCUAAUUGCUGCUUUCAUUAUAUAUAGGCAUAAUAAGUCCAAGUUCACAGACGCUGGCCUGGGGAACCUAACCUACAGUAAUCCUUCGUAUCGGACAUCUACCCAGGAGGUGAAGAUUGAAACGAUUCCCAAACCAACAAUGUACAACCAGUUGUGCUAUAAGAAAGAGACUGGUCCUGACCACAGCUACACCAAGGAGAAGAUAAAGAUUGUGGAGGGCAUAUGCCUUUUAUCCAGUGAUGAUUCAGAGUGGGAUGACCUUAAGCAAAUUCGGAGCUCUCGAGGAGGGAUCCUCCGGGACCACGUUUGCAUGAAGACGGACACGGUCUCUAUCCAGGCUAGUUCUGGUUCACUGGAUGACACUGAAACUGAGCAGCUGCUUCAGGAAGAACAGUCUGAAUGCAGCAGUGUUAACACAGCAGCAGCCACUCCUGAACGGCGGGGCUCACUCCCAGACACAGGCUGGAAACACCAACGCAAGCCCUCCACGGAGAGCGAGGUCUAAAGUACACGCUCCUUUGGAAAUGCUCGUACCCUCCCUGGCCUUUGCUCUGCACAAAAAAGACAGGACUCUGCCUGCAGACAAGGAAGGGCACAGACACUAGUCUCUCUUGUGAGGGGCCCAGAGACUGUGACAGCCUUUCAGCAAGGAGCUUGGGCAGCUGUGCUGUUGUGGUUGGAGGGGGAGGACGGGUGGGUUGGAACCCAGAGACCCUUUUGGCUCAUUUUCACUGUCUGUGGUUUAUUUAUAUGUUCCCUUUUCCUGGAAGCUGCCACGUUAACUUUUGCAGUGACUCCUUUGGCCUGAAUCUGGUCCAGAUUCUGUGUUCUCUGGCAACCUGCAAGUCCUGUGCCGUCCAGCUCACGGUCGAUGCCCAUGAAGAGAGCAGAGCUGCCUCGACGCUAGCUCCUGGUCACAGAAGUUCCCCUAGUCAUUCCAGCACUAGCAGCACUCUUUGAGGCUUUAUGUUGUGGGGUCUCUGACUGGAGAGAUGUUUUGGAAUAGAUGGAGUAUAGUCUGGUGCUCAAGGGGGCAGUGACACAGUGUCAGGUCACCUUUUGAGGGCAUAAAGAGGGUAACCACAGUUGCCGUGACACUUCAGGAGAGCAUCACUGUUUACGUUCCCAUCUGCUAGUAAAAAUCCUUACGGAAUUCUCAGAUCGGAGCACUAUGUCUGUUGCUGGCAGUGGACACUGCUCCUGUUUCUCCACUUUCCUCUUGAAAAAUAUUUCUGUUCCAGAAAAAUAAGAGUCAGCAAGUUGCCCUUUCAAAACUGCUCCCUGUGGGUGCUGGAGUCAGAGUGCUGUACUCGAGGAAAGAAUAAACUGAUAUUGUUCUUAGCUCUAGAGAGCUAAUGGGAGGAAAUGCAUCUCAGCCAGACCUAAGUUUUACUCUUGCCUUUGCAUAAUUGAUAUAUAUAUAUAAAUAUAUAGAUAUAUAAAAAUAAAAUUGCUAAAUUCCCACCAGUUCCAGUUCUGCUAGGUCCCAGUUCUCUUGGCCUUUAUGACCUUCGAUUACCGUACCAAGGGAAAAAGGAAUUCCUAGGUCGAGUCUCCCCCAGGGGCACCCUCAGUGCUAACAGUUAGGAGCUGGUUUAUUACUAAGCUGAGCGCAUUUGACUUAGAGUAGGAGACAACAAUCAUGGAGCUGCAAGGGCCAUUUUAAAAUAGUUUGUCAGAGAGAAUAGCACUUUAAGCCCCACUGUUCUACUAAAGAGCUCUCCUUGCAAAGUCAUUUUUCCCAUCAGCUGUGUGAGCUUCAGUUGUUCUCUGGCCUCCAAGGCCUUUACCCUCUAGGGGGGUAAUUCUACCCUUGCAGUUACACCCCAGCAGCAGCUGGAGCUUGCAUGCUCCCAAGGACUGUUGCUGCCUUUUCAUAGUGUCCUGACUUCUCUUGUCAUCUGUUUGUUCAGGCAGGAAAAAAGAUUGAGAAAAUGUUUCUUGACACUUCUCCAGAAAUGAGAUUUAAAUCAACCCCUCAAGUUACAUGAAUACUAUCAUGGUAAAAUAGUAAGUGUUAAACCAGAUACUUGGAAGCAGAACUUUACAGUGAAGAAUUUCUCACGGCAAACUGUGACCCCUUUAUCUCUUAGGAAGAAGCCGAGUACGUUCCCACCCAUGGUGUAAAGAGAGCAAAGCAUACAGUAGAGGUGCAGGGGAGGAUGCAUCUCCUGUGCAAUAUUUUUCCAGCUAGUAAACAAAAAAAAAAAAAAAGGAAAAUCAAUCCUACUCUGCUCUAACCUUGUUCAUAUACUAACAGUCCUUCUACCCCUGAAAACAUGAUGGUUGCUGGCAGGUUGGCUGUACUUUUUACACCAGAGGUAGUUUUGCAGCAAGGGGAAGGUUGCAGCUUUGCCCUGGCUAGGUGGCUUGAAACUGUUCAUAACUGCACCAUUGGGCUGACUGGUGUGUAUUCCUGUGGAAAAUGAACUGGAGCGAAGGCUUGGAAAUCUCCCUGUGUUAAUGUGGGACUCUUCCCAACUCCCAGAGGGAUUGUUUUUUUAUUAGAUUUUUAUUUAAUUAUUUAUUUGAUUGACUCCAGCAUGGGAAACUUUUGUUGGACGGGGGCACUUUUGGACUGAGGUGUAGACUCAGCUGGGGACUGAGAAAAGAUUCUUUAUCACUGGCACAGACCUGGUCUGUCUAGGCUGCCUCAUACAGGGACAUCACAGGCAGAAGGCUCAAUUUGAACAGAAGUGACGUGUAGGGACCAGGGCAUUAGAGCUAGGAGUGAAGGGCGGGGGAGGAAGACUUGGACUUGUGAGAGAGCAGGAGCAUUUUUUAUUUAUUUACUUUACCCCAGUAGCUCUGUAAGUGUGCACCAACCUCCUCAGGUGGGACAGGGGUGAAGGGAACCAUCUGUCCAGACUGUCACUUGAGGUUCAGUCAGCCUGUUGAAAUAAUUGCUGUCCAAGUCACAAGUGCAGAAUGGAAAGGAAAACCCAGUCAGUCCUUCCAACAACUAAUGGUGGUUGUGAUCUCCACUUUGGUUUAUUCUCUGCUGCUUCUGAGGAGGGACCUUGCAUACUCCAGCCUAACAACCAUUCAUAACUGCCCUCUGCCCCCUUCCUGAUGGCAAAAAGGCCCCAAAACAUCCCCCAGCCUCUCCUCUGCAAGUGAGGUGGACAAAAAUUAGUUGCUUUGUCGUAAAGUAUGGAGAAAGCUCCAGUGAGAUGCUGCCUCGGGGGUGCAUCGUGUUUCCCCAUGCUGGGGAAGAGAAGACCCUCAUUGCACUUAGGCUGCUAAGAAGGUAAAAAGGCCACUGGAGGAUGAUCUCUUGAGCACUGAUUUACUAUGUAAAAAGCAAACCUCUCUCCUGUCUGUCCUGAGCUAACAUCAGUGAUUUCCCUGUGUUCCUGUGUAAUGGUUUUAACGUUACUCACUGGAGACAUCGGACUUUCUGGAGUUAUUUAACCACUGUGUUCAGUAUUUUAGGGGUUGAUGAUAAUUUAAUAUAAAUUUAGCUUUUCUUAACCACUCUGCCUGGCUUUUGGUUGUGAAUCAUGCAUGUUAUUUAGACUCUCCUUUGAAAGAGGAGCUCCCAGACCUGUUUGCACAAAACCUCACCUUUGUUUCAGUUGAGAGGAACAAAAAGGUAGGAAUGGAUGUGGGUGGUUUCCAUCAUCAGAGUGUCACACACGCUUCUUCUGCCACUGAGCCUUUGAAUCAAGGGCCAGAUACCUAAACUCACCUUUACAUCCCUAUGUGGACAUGUACUCUCACCCUGCCCCUACUUUGCUUUUUUCCCCGUUACCAUUUUGACAUGGUGACAGCCCAGGAGUGUGGCCUUCUUUUCUGGGAAGUAUCAGGACGACAGUGGUCUCCAGCAGUGUAUGACAAAGGAAACUCUCUGCCCAGUGGAAAACAGAGCUCUGAAGAAGAGAGGAGGUGCUGGCUGUGGUGUUUUUUAACUGAGAGCUUAAUAAAGAAGGCUGAAUAC